UGCCCCAUCUACAAGUUCCUUGCAGUCAUGGACUGAUACCUCGCUCACGAUUGACUUGAGUGUCCACCUAACCUUAACAUGUAUUCCUAAUGUUCACCGACAGAAACCCCAAAAAUCAUCAAAAAUACCUGGUACUACACCACAAAUCAUAACACAGACAACACGAUGUUGAAGCUAGUGGGAACUCUGCGAAGUGGUCCAUCGAGAUUGUCACCACGUGCCACUUCCUGGUGCAUUUCCAGUCAUCAAAUGGUCGCCGGAUGCUCUGGAGCAGCGACAGCCCCUCAGCCCAAUGAUGAUCCUCUGCCUCCAUCAACUGGAAAAUCUCCAGAGACACUCUCGAAGAAUCAGUUAGUAAAAAAGGCGUUCGCCGACCUGAACAUGAAUAAAACACCACUGGAGGUACCAAGGAAGAAGUCCCAGAGUACCAUGGAGGAGCUGCUCUCGACAGUUGAUAAUAAAUUCGUGAGUUACAAGCAAGCCGUCUAUACGAUAACUGUCCUAUCCCAGGAAGUGGAGAAAGGUAAAAUUGACCUGACAACCCUUGAGGCAGACGAGAGGUACCAGAGGUUCUGCAGAAUAGUAGCAAAAAAAUCAGGAGUAGUGAAUGCCAUAAAAUCCGGGGAAGCAGAGAAUCGAACCCAGAGUACACUGAUAUCCGUGGACGAUCUCCACGAGUCGGCAGACGUGAAGAAACUCUCCAUAUCCCAAACAAUCCAGAUGUUCUGUGGCCUCGCUGUCAGACAGAGACGACCCAGACCUCUCCUCCGGGGUCUGGCCGACAACAUCAUCAAGAGCUCCAACUCCUUGAGUAUAAAAAACAUCGCUGACAUCCUCUACGGCAUGGCGAGACUCAAUUUCAUCGAGGAGGAGCUCCUGGUGAAGCUCAGUGACGGCUUGAAAAAAAAAAUACCUGGGGUCACCCAGAGUCCAAUCAUUGGCUCCAUCCUGACGUCCUUGGGGAUGAUGAGGUACAGGGAUGAUGCCCUCAUGGAUACCCUCUGCGACUGGAGUAUUAAGCACAAAAAAAUCCUCAGGACUCAGGAUCUCUGUGCUCUCCUCAUGACUCUCGCUGUCAUAGGGUACAGUCCGGGUAACUUUGACGUCCUCUACAAGGAUCUCGUCGCGAAUCUCCAGGACACCGACAUGACGAAGGGAUCGGAAUGGAUUGACGUCGUCUGGUCUCUCGUGGUGCUGAAUAGGGCGAGUCACAGGCAAGUCGAGAGCACACUCAAUGAAAAAUUCAUUGCUACACUCACAGAUCGAGAUACCUCAGCGGCAAAAAAGCAUAAAUUAUUGAACAUUAAUGCAGCGGCGAAAUAUUUAUUGAAGAAUUACUCGGGUCCAGUUUUGAAGGAAGACUCGCCAAUUCUCGAGGCACCCAUUGCCAGAGUCAAGGACAAAGAAGUAUUUGUCAAAGCCAUCACCGACGCUCUGGCAAACCUUUUCCCAUCCAGAGAACAUUUCCGGACUAAUGUGGACGUUAGGACGGGUUUUUUAAUAGAUGUUGUUUUUUUUAUUGAUACAAAAUUGAUCACAUCGCCUGUUGAUAAAGUCACCGAAAAUACCAAAGCCUUGAGGAUAGCUAUAAAUGCGAAUUAUUACCACGACUUCUGCGUGGGGAAGAAACAUAUCCUAGGCGCGGUUUCACUCCAUAAUCGAUUGCUCGAAGCAAUGGGCUACAGAAUUCUCGAUAUUUCACACACGGAUUUCCACACCCACGACAAAUUAUUGAAACGAAUUUCAUACCUCAAUGAUCGUAUUAAAGCCAUUGUAAAAUAGUUAACUAUAGUGUAAUAAUAAUGGUUGAUCAUAUAAAUUUAUUGAUAACACCAAAAAAUUUUUAUUAA